CUAACCCAAAAACCCUUUUCGGUUUAUUUUUUAUGCCCAGAUACCUUAGGUUUUUCAACCAACUGGCUUAGAUCGUCAAGCACAGUUCGGUAUCAGCAAACAUCAUUUGCUUAGUAUGGUCAUCAAGGGACCACACUCCCAAUGAGUUUAUGCUCCACAAUAACACACUCCUAAGAACUUAAAGGCUACAUAAACCCAAUAUGAAGAACCUCGUUUACCUUAAACUUUCGCACAACCAGCUCCAAAGCCAUAUGGCCAAUCCAUCUGCCAGUUUGUCGUGCAUUCGAAUAAACUAGAUAGCCCCCCAUGCUACCCGUCGGAGCCGAAUUCUUGGACUUCUCGUACAACUUGUUUAGCUCAACAAUCCCAGAAAAUAUUGGCCUUUUCCUGAAUUUCACCGGCAUCCUCUCAUUUUCAGGCAACAAACUCAUUGGAAAAAUUCCUUUCUCCAUCUGCAAUGCCAGGAACCUGGAAGCACUGGAUAUGUCUCUUAACAAUCUCAAUGGCUCCAUUCCAGAAUGCCUCUUCACCAUAACGAGCCUGACUGUGCUCGACCUGAGGAAAAACAAAUUGCAAGGCCCAAUACCUGAUAGCUUCACAUCCCACAGUCAACUUGGAACCCUGAAUCUCAAUGGAGAUGAAUUUCAAGGUGAAGUUCCCCAAUGAUUGAGCAAUUGCAGUUACCUGGAGAUACUGGAUUUGGGGAACAAUAAGCUGUUCGGGACCUUCCCAUAUUGGUUAGGUUCCCUGACCCAACUCCGAGUCAUGGUUCUGAGAUCAAACCGGUUCGACGGAUCCAUUCCAGAAUCUAAGUCGGUUGCCUUCUCUAUGUUUCAGAUCAUAGACCUAUCAAGCAACGACUUUUCAGGCUCCUUUCCUAAAGAAUUCCUCCAAAACCUGAAGGCCAUGUCAGUGGUCUCCCAAACCAACUCACCCCAUAUUCUACAAUAUACGUACUCCGCUGCAAACGGCAAUGGAUCUUUGUUUGACCGAUACUAUUAUCAGUCCACGGUCACGCUGAGAAUCAAGGGUAUGGAUUUACAGCUGCAAAAGACCCUGACCAUCCUCACGGUCAUUGACCUUUCGAACAACGCAUUAGAAGGGGAGACACCAGACCAAAUAGGAGGGCUCAAAGGCCUUUGCAUACUAAACAUGUCAAGAAACAAUCUGCAAGGGCACAUACCAGAGGCCAUAGGGGCCCUAAAACAGCUCGAAUCCUUGUUCCUUUUACAAAAUCAGCUCACAGGUGCCAUACCCACUGGACUUAGCCAGAUCAGUUUCCUUUCCGUGUUAAAUCUUUCAUGGAAUUCCCUCUCAGGAAUGAUACCAAAGGGGACCCAGCUUCAAUGCUUUUUCUUUUGCCAACAACCCAGGGCUUUGUGGGCCACCAUUGGAAGUGGCUUGUGAGGUCAAUAGCAGUGUUAGAGGGGUGGAAAAUUGAAAUGUCAUCAGUGGGGAUGACAUUUGGUGGAUAUUUCCUUUGGAGGGUUUGGUUUUGGGUUUGCGCUUGUGAUUGUGGUGCUAAUGGCAUAGAAAGAGGGAAGGAGAAAAAUAUUUUGGAUUGGCAGAUGGAAUCUUCAAUUGGUUGCUGCAAAAAAAUGGACCCAAAAAGGAUAGGAGGAGGAGAAGGAAGACAGGAAAGAAAAUCAGAGAAACCCAACAGAAGGCAAGGCCACUGUGUUGAACAAGAGCAAUACAUCAAGAGGAAAGGGGGAUAAUGGUUCGUGCACCUUCUACAAUAUUGAU